GCUUCGUUGAGGGCAAAGUUGAGAGACGGAAGGAAGCAAAGGCAGAGCGACCCCUCCACCAACAACAUAUUGAGCCCCACCCGAGAAUGUGUAGUGCUUGAUUGAGGCUCUGGGGAUUUUGUAUAGGUACCUGCAGUAGGGCUAUAUCCUCCCUUUCUCUCCUCUCAUAAACUCUGCCUGCAUUGGCCAGCCACUUUCUGUCUCUUCUGUAUCUGGACAGCCAGCACCAUGGACCCUCUGAACGAAGCGGCACCCGACUCUGUUACCGCAGCCCCGCCCAGCAAGGACAUUCCCAGUGAUGGCACGGGCAUCGUCGCCCUCGAUCCCUACCUCGACCCAUACAAGCCCGCCCUCCGCAGCCGCUUCAGCAAAGCGCAGCAAUGGAUCAAGACCAUCAACGACACCGAGGGCGGCCUGGAGAAGUUCUCGCGGGGGUACGAGCGCUUCGGCUUCACCGUCAGCCCGGAUGGCACCAUCACCUACCGCGAGUGGGCGCCCAACGCUCUCCGCGCAUACCUCAUCGGCGACUUCAACGGCUGGAACCGUGACUCCCACGAGAUGAAGCGUGACCCGUACGGCGUAUGGGAGAUUCGCUUCCCACCCGUCAACGGCAAGCCUGCCAUCGAACACGACAGCAAGCUCAAGAUCAGUUUAGUCGUCCCCAACGACCACGCACGGCAGGAGCGGAUACCCGCCUGGAUCAAGCGCGUCACCCAAGACCUCUCCGUCUCCCCCGUCUACGAUGCUCGCUUUUGGAACCCUCCGCACGCCUACCAAUUCAAGCACCCGCGCCCACCCAAACCAUUGUCUGCGCGCAUCUACGAAGCACACGUCGGCAUCUCCUCCCCCGAACCGAAAGUGGCCACCUACAAAGAGUUCACGCACAACACGCUCCCGCGCAUCCGCGACUUGGGCUACAACACCAUCCAACUCAUGGCCAUCAUGGAGCACGCGUACUACGCCUCCUUCGGCUACCAAAUCAACUCCUUCUUCGCCGCCUCCUCCCGCUACGGCUUCCCCGACGACCUCAAGGAACUCAUCGACACCGCCCACGGCAUGGGCAUUACGGUGCUGCUGGACGUGGUGCACUCGCACGCCUCGAAAAACGUACUGGACGGCCUGAACAUGUUCGACAACAGCGACCACCUCUACUUCCACGAGGGUGCGAGGGGCCGGCACGAACUCUGGGACUCGCGACUCUUCAACUACGGCCACCACGAGGUCCUGCGCUUCUUGCUCUCCAACCUCCGCUUCUGGAUGGAAGAGUACCAAUUCGACGGCUUCCGCUUCGACGGCGUGACCAGCAUGCUCUACCUCCACCACGGCAUCGGCACCGGCUUCAGCGGCGGCUACCACGAGUACUUCGGCCCGAGCGUCGACGAGGACGGGGUCGUCUACCUCAUGCUCGCCAACGAAAUGCUGCACGCCCUCUACCCCGACUGCAUCACCAUCGCCGAGGACGUGUCCGGGAUGCCGGCGCUGUGCAUCAAGUUGAGCUUGGGCGGGAUAGGAUUCGACUACCGCUUGGCCAUGGCCGUGCCGGAUUUGUACAUCAAGUGGCUGAAGGAGAAGCAGGAUAUCGAGUGGGACAUGGGGAAUCUGUGCUUCACGCUGACGAAUCGCCGGCAUGGGGAGAAGACGAUUGCGUAUGCGGAGAGUCAUGAUCAGGCUCUCGUCGGCGACAAAACCCUCCUCUUCUGGCUUUGCGACGCGCAAAUGUACACCCACAUGUCCACCCUCUCCGACUUCACCCCGGUCAUCGCCCGCGGCAUGGCCCUGCACAAACUCAUCCGCCUCAUCACGCACUCGUUGGGCGGCGAAGCCUACCUCAACUUCGAAGGCAACGAGUUCGGCCACCCGGAAUGGCUCGACUUCCCGCGCGAGGGCAACGGGAACAGUUUCCACUACGCCCGUCGGCAGUUCAAUCUCGUCGACGACCAGAUGUUGCGGUAUCGCUUCCUGAACGAAUUCGACAAGGCCAUGCAGUGGACGGAGGAGAAAUACGGCUGGCUGCACGCCCCGCAGGCGUACGUGAGCCUCAAGAACGAGAGCGAUAAAGUCGUCGUCUUCGAGCGCGCGGGCGUCUUGUUCGUCUUCAACUUCCAUCCCACCGAGUCCUUUACCGAUUACCGCGUCGGCGUCGACGUGGCGGGGACGUACCGCGUCGUCCUCAACACCGAUUCGCCCCGGUUCGGCGGCUUGGGGCGGAUACAGGAUGAGCAGCGCGUCUUCACCACGGACUUCGCGUGGAAUGGGCGGAGGAAUUUCUUGCAGGUGUAUGUGCCGAGCCGGACGGCGGUGGCGUUGGCGUUGGAGGAGACGUUGGAUCCGGGGUGGAAGAAUAGUGUUAGCUUGGGGUUUGGGUAUUGAGGGUGAUAUGAUGUAAGGAGGCGGGGUGUAGAGAGAGGGUGGAGGAUGAAUAGUGCGUUGUGCAUGAGCUGCCCGUUUGGCUUGAGCGUGGAGUUUGGUGGGAUGGGGGGUGUAGAUGGGUGGUUGAUGAUGAACAGACGACACAUGUUGUGAGCGAGCGUAUAUAGCGGCUAUCGUAUAUAGCAGAAAGCUCCGAAAGCACGCCAGCUAAGAAGGCGAAGCAUAGUCACACCCAUCACCCCUGCUACCUUUUUUCUUUUAGAUAUAUUUGCUGCACGUAAGCUAUCAAAGAUCUCUUCU